AUGGAAAGAAUAAUUAAUUAUAUUGAAAAUAGCUUUGAAGAUGUCACUUUACCAUCUAUAAUAUUUUCAAAUGACCAUAAUUUAGUGGAUACAUUGACCCAUAUUCCAGAAGAAAAUUAUUAUUUAAUAUAUAAUGGAAAAAUAUUAAAAAAUGGAAUAAAUGAUUUAAAGUGUAUGAAAAAUGCCAUUGUACAAAUUAAUUAUAGGCUUCGAGGUGGUAAAGGAGGUUUUGGAGCUUUAUUAAAAGCAUUUAGAAUAUCAAAAUCCUCAAAUCAAAGAGAUUCUAGAGAUUUGAGUGGUAGGCGAAUUUCUGAUAUAGAAGAAGAAAAACGAAUAUUAAAAUGGAUUGAAGGGCAAAGUAAACGUGAACUGGAGGCUGCUAAAAAGAAACUUGCAAAAUAUAUAAAAUGUAAAAAUUCAUUAGAUGGUGUUUCAAAACAUAAAAUUACAAAUGAUAAAUAUUUAAAAGUUAAAGCGUUGAUUGAUAGUGAAUUAAGUAGAGCUUUGGAGGAAACAAACAAUAUUGAUGAAGAAAAAAGUAGUGAUGAUAUUUGUGAUAAUAAAGAAAAAGAAGAGAUUACAAUUUCAGAAGAUGAAAAUGAAAAGAAUUUGGAAAAAGAAUCUGAUAACGAUAGUGACUGUGAUUUUUCAGAUUUAAAUGCUGGACCAAAUACAUUUGGAAAAUCAAAGAAAAAAAAAUCAUCUUAA